GCAAAGAUUAAGAAUCUAAGAUAUAGCUAGAAAGGAGGAAGAAGAGGAAAAUGGAAGAUAUAGAGUUCUAUGGAGGAAGAAUCAUGGUGAGUUUCUUAAUCAUGCAUGGGUUAACAAUAAGCAUGUUGUUGGUAGAUAAGGGGAGAGUAAGAUUCGAUCGAUCGUUGAUGCACAAUUAAGAAAGAGCCAAAUCGAUCCAUUCAAAUAAAGAUGUGGCUCCCAAACGCGAAUUCUUCAGCAACAGCAGCAGCAAGCAACGCGGGAACGAAUGUGAGCGGAAACAGUUUGGUUGCGGUAGCCAUCGAUAAGGACAAAGGCAGUCAACAGGCUCUCAAAUGGACCAUCGACAAUCUUCUCUUGAAAGGCCAAACUGUCAUACUCAUUCACGUUUUGAACACUCGAUCCAACGCACAUUCUUCUCCCGCCGGGAUGGCAUUUAACGGAGACGCACAAGCACAUCGGAAGCAACUGGCUGAUAAGCAAACCAAAGAAUUGUUUCUCACCUUCCAUUGCUUCUGUACUCGCAAAGAUGUAAAGUGCCUUGAUGUGGUUCUAGAAGAUACAGAUAUAGCAAAAGGAUUGUUGGAAUACAUCUCUUAUUCAGCAAUAGACAACUUGGUUCUUGGUACGCCAUCCCGGCGUGGAUUCAUUAGAAAAUUCAAGAUGACUGACGUUUCAUCUCAAGUAUCCAAAGGGGCUCCUGACUUCUGCACCAUUUAUGCCAUCUCCACCAAAGGAAAGAUCUCUUCUGUGCGCAAUGCUUCACGACCUGCCCCCUUCAAUUCUCCCCUCCACAGUCAAAUCGAAAAGCAAACGGCCCAGGACCUUAAUGUCAGUGCUCGUUGUUCCUAUGAACACUCCCGGUCAAGGCACACUUUUAGUAUGAAAGACAGGACUCCUCGCAAGCAAUGGAGUUCACAGAGUGAGGGUGAAUUUAUCAGGUCACCAUUUGGACAAACAGGACGAGGGUACAAUAAUAAUACAGGGAGAUCGAAUCUGGGAGAUUUUUCUGAUUCUUCAGAGACAGACGUAUCUUUUGUAAGCUCAAGCAGGCCAAGCACGUCAGAUCGCUCUUCGAUUUCAAAUCUUUCAGUCUACGACAUUGAUUAUAGCUCAAGCAGGCCAAGCACCAGUUCUGAAUAUAGUUUCGGCUCCAUACGCCAAGGUGGUGUUUUGCUCAAGUACCCUGUUGAUGGGAGUGGUUACCUUGUCCCCGAAUUCUCGUCUGCAUCCAUUGAAAGUGCAAGAAGCUCCACCUCUUCCACCACCAGCUAUGUUGCCUUGGACGAAGUGGAAGGUGAAAUGAGGCGGCUAAAGCUGGAACUAAAGCAAACGAUGGACUUAUAUAGUUCAGCCUGUAAGGAAGCUCUAACAGCCAAAGAAAAGGCAAUGGAGCUGCAUCAUUGGCGCCUUAAAGAAGAACGAAGGCUGGAAGAAGCUCGAAUGUCAGAGGAGGCAGCUCUGGCAAGGGCGGAGAAAGAGAAGGCCAAGUGUAGGGCAGCAAUGGAAAGUGCGGAGGCAGCUCGUAGGAUCGCAGAGUUGGAAUCAAAGAAGAGGCUCAGUGCCGAAAGGAAAGCCCUAGUGGAUCGCGAUAACAAGUUCAUAGGCCAAGACAUUAGGUACAGACGUUACACGAUUGAGGACAUUGAAGAAGCAACCGAACUUUUCACUGAAUCCCGCAAGAUUGGGGAAGGUGGUUACGGUCCAGUCUACCAUUGUUAUCUCGAUCACACUCCCGUAGCUGUGAAAGUUCUCCGUUCUGAUGCUGCCCAAGGACGUCAACAAUUUCAGCAAGAGGUUGAAGUGCUGAGCUGCAUGCGACACCCCAAUAUGGUGUUGCUGUUGGGAGCCUGCCCUGAAUAUGGAUGCCUGGUUUACGAGUACAUGGCCAAUGGAAGCUUGGACGAUCGCAUCUUUAGGAAGGGGAACAGCCUUCCUCUCUCUUGGCAACUCAGGUUUCGAAUUGCAAUGGAGAUAGCCACUGGCCUUCUUUUCCUCCACCAAACCAAGCCAGAGCCAUGGGUCCAUCGUGACCUCAAGCCAGCCAAUAUCCUCCUUGACCACAACUGUGUAAGCAAGAUUAGUGAUGUGGGCCUUGCCCGCCUGGUCCCACCUUCCGUGGCUGAUGAUGUCACCCAGUAUCUCGUGACAUCAGCUGCCGGGACCUUCUGCUUCAUUGAUCCAGAGUACCAACAGACUGGGAUGCUAGGCAUCAAGUCUGACAUCUACUCGUUUGGGGUUUUACUCUUGCAACUCAUCACGGCCAAGCCUGCCAUGGGUUUGUCUCACCACGUUAGAAGGUCCAUUGACAAAGGAACCUUCGCCACCGAGAUGUUGGACCCAAUUUUGAAUGAUUGGCCUGUGGAAGAGGCACUCAUUCUGGCGAACCUCGCCCUUCAGUGUGCAGAGCUGAGGAGAAAAGACAGGCCUGAUCUAGGAAAGGUUGUUCUGCCAGAACUUCAGAGGUUGCGAGCAUUUGCAGAUCAUAAUCAGCAGCCACAUCAUUUGACGAUGCUCUAUGGAAGCACUUCCCUUACCAGUGCGGAGCCUUCACCUAACCACAGUUUUGCUAGUUCUACAUUUUCCCACUCAGCACAGGAUGUGAUGAGCGACUCUGAUCUGAACAUGCAUUCGAGAAAUAGUAGCCCGGCAAGUCAUUCAAGUUGCGCUUCCUUACCUGAUGAUAUUCCAGACCUAACUGAAUAGACUAGCUUUGGAUAAAUGAAGAAUCUUCCAAAUAGCGAAGAUCAGUAAGCAUGUGAGAAGCUUCCCAAGGCAAGAUUCUUAUGACCAUCAAAGUAGCCACAAUGUUCACUACAUUCAUUGAGAUUGUUUAGCUUUACUCCUUGUCCUAGGAAAAUUGAAUCCUGUAAACACAUUAUCGCGUUUUUUGUAUACAAUAUAACCAUGUAUAUAUUUAUAUAUGUAUAGAUCAUAUAAUGUCUUGUACCAUACCUUUUGUUUUUUAGUUUUACUACAAGGAACUCGACUAAGGGUGAA